UGCUUGUGUCUCCUUGACAACUGAGUCAAGGAGCAGUGUUUGUUUCAUGUCGCGACUGCGAACAAAACUCCAGUUAACGUUAGCUGACGGGACCUUUAUUGUCACCUUGUGCAACAUUCAACAAAAGCUGUUCAACCCCGCGUGUUGGUCCCUUCGUAGCCAUGUCCAGCAGAUGUAAGCCGAAGCCUGCGUGCUUCAGAAGGGACAUCCACGGCCUGCUGCUGGCUGCUGAGGCUGCUCAGAAGGCCGACAUCCUGACCUACUCCUCAGGUCAUCUUGGGCCCCGCAGCCUGAACCCGAGUCCGCCUCACAGGGAGCAGAAGCAGCCUUUCUGGAGGACUCCUCGCGGCUCAGAGGAAACCCCGAACCCUGUGACCCCGACAAAGGCGCUGAAGAAGAAAGCGGUGAAACACUGCCCCUCUGAGUCCUCCACUCACACUGUUUCUGACGUCUCAAGGUCAAGGCGCGCUCCGGCUGCGGAUCGCUCAUCGCGUGCAGACAUAACCGGAGACAAGUGUCUACCUAACAUAGAUCUCUGUUCCCCAAACUCACUGGUUCUCCGGCCGAGAGCCUUGCAUCAGAAAAAGUCUAACUUUCCAUCUGGUCUGUUGGGAAAACCGCCGUCUGACCAAAAAGGCCCGAGUGAUAAAGGCCACUUGAAGACGAAACAACGGUUGGGCGGGAAAGUCGUGGCCAAGCAGGACCUCCGGGCUGGAAUAAACGUUGCAGAAGUUCACGAGAGGAAACUACAGAAGGAGCUGGAGAGGUUGUCAGCGCAAAGCUGCCCCGGCAGAGACCGCCUCGCGGUGUUCACUGACGUCUUUGAUGAUGUAUGUGAAGGCUCACCAGUAUUUGGACGCAUCCUGAGGGAAAUUAAGACAGAGUAUGAUAUGUAUGUCAACCACUUGAUGGCGUCCCAACCAUUACUUCAAAACGUGUCGCUGGAGACUUCGCUCAAAGGUCCCGGCAAUGACAAAGUAAGGCAAACGGAUUUGGAGGAUUCAGAAAAGGAGGUUUUCAGGCUGGAGCAGGAGGCCAAAGGAGCUCUAGAGGAGAAUAAACGAGCCCGAAAUGAAUCAAAGAACAUCCCAGCUACCAUUGGCCCAGAGGACGGUGACACGACCAAUGCAUCUCUCUCCGGGCUGCGUGACGGAGGACUCGACGCCGGCCACAGCACCAGUGUCCGGUCCAAGAGGCUCCAGGUGUUGAACACGUGGCGGGAGAACCAGCAGCUGGAAGAGGAGCUUGAGGAGAUGCUAGUGUCCUCUGGUACGACCACGGCCACGCAACGGUGCAUCAAAGAUCUAAAGAUGGAGAUAAUGAGACUGAUUGCCUCAAAUAACUGUUUGAAUACCACCAACAAGGAUUUGGAAAACAACAUCAACAUGGUGCUGAACAGAGAAAGAGCCAGCAAGACCAUGAGACGGUACGUUAUGUUUGCACAUACUGUGGCACCUGAUGUAGAGACUCGUGACUCUUCUUUUUUUUAAUCUGCUGUUGUUGUUUUAACAUUAGAACGUUGUGGGACGAAAUACAUUGUGAUCUACAAACAAGAGAGUGAAUAGCUGCAUCAGCUUUAGACGGACUUUCCAAAGGCAAUCAAACCAAGGGAGUCCGUAUUCCAGAGAGUCACAUCUGUCACCAGCAAACUGCUUCAUUAUAAUAAAAUGUUGUUUUUAGUAAAAACUGCCUCUGUCUAGAAAUAACAUCCCAAGAUCAAAGCUCAAAACCACCACCACUAUCAAGCAGAAAUGUACAAAUGCAAAUACACAAUGUACAAAUACUACAAAAAAAGUCACAUCUAUAUAUAUGAAAUUAACAUGUUGUUUUUGUGGCCAAGACCGGUCCAAUAUGUAUUUUUUUAAUAUGAACAACUUCCACCUUGAGAUCCACAUCUAAUACUAUUAUUAAUGAGUUGAAAAGAAAACCUGGAUAAUGUAACAUCUAUUUUCUGAUUUUAUUCUGUAUGCUGCCUCUUAACCACAAGUGUGAACGUGAUACCACAGACCAUAAUCAUCAUUCUCUUUGCUGACCUCAAGAGACAAUUCAUUUGUACAGACUGGAUGAGACAUUGGACGGAAAAACUUGAACCUCCAUGAGAUCAUUCACAACUGGUAUCCUUAAAACAGACGUCUGAUGUGGAACAGGUUCACCAAAAUGGUCAAAAUAGCCCUUCAACCACCAGAGGACAGCAGAGACAUCCCAGAAUCCUUUGUGAUGUUAUGCGAUGAGAACCACCCUUCCCUUUACAUAAUAUGUUCACUUAAAUAUCUUAUUUAUUAAAGCAUUUCACUAAAGUCGUUAUUUAUUGCCCAAUACGACUGUGCCAGAGAUCAGCCGGGCUCUUGGAUGAUUUCCUCCCAGCGAGCUUCAAUGCAGCCACCAGAUGGCAAAAGACAGCAACAUUUUACUGUAGUCUCCUGGAAAUGACCUCAACUGUAGUAAAGACUAGUAGAAGACAUUCGGCUCCACCCCUAUCCAUAAUGGUGAUUAUUUACCACAUAAGGGUAGAAAUUCAAUGCAUCUCCAUUUCUCCUGGAACUGUAAUAGAUAUAGUUUUACUUACAAGUGAUUUAUAUUAGAUUGUCACCAUUCAAAGGAGAUCAGAAAUAUGCAUUUCACAUAAUGUUUGGAGAGCUGUUUCUGAUUGUUGAUCCUGAUCAUUUUGGGGAUGUCCUUUUUGUUGAAUGUUUUGCUUUUAUAUAUUAUAUGCUAUUACUUUUUCCGACAUACAAUUCAAUUUUUUUACACACUAUAUUAAAACUUUUAAAGACUUUUUAGGACAUCUUUCUGCAUAGCAUACAGUGUUUAACAUACAUAGUAACAUAGUGUUUAACAUACGGUAAAUGUUAAAUGUUUUUUUCAUAUAAAGUACUAUAAAUAAAUUAGGACUUUUUUCAACAAUAUAUGCUAAUAUAUACUUCAAUAUAAUUUACUAUAAAUCUAUUGUUUUUCUUCAGACAACUAUAUAAUACGA